CCGAGGGGGAGGCGCCGCCCGGGCGGGCGCCCCGCCGGCCGCAGGAAAGUGAAAGGGCCGCCGGGGCCUGGGCGCGCCGCCCCAGGAAGUCGCGAGCAGGAAGCGCCCGCGGCGGCGGGGCCGGGCGGCGGGGCGCGGGCCUGGGGGCGCAGGCUCUGCAGCCACGCUGCUGAUCCAGGUGACCUGGCGACCAGGCCCGCGAGCAGGACACUGGAAAGCCCCUUGCCCCGGAGCCAGCUUUGAACUUCUCAAGGCACCGUCCCAAAGCCGGCCUUCCCUGUCGUCUCCCUGAGCUCAGGGCCUGGAGAGGGCGCGCCGCCGCGGAUUUCAACUGGAGAGCAGAGCCGCCGUGGGAAGCGAGAGGCAAGGCGAGACCCCCAGGAGAGCCCCCGGCUCUCCAGCCUGUGUUGGCUGCCUGCGGAACAAGAGAGCUGCAGGGAGCCGGGCUUAAGAACCUGUUUAUGAAGCGUCUCCUUCCGUGACCGAGCUCCGCCAUCAGUGCGACAUAAAUGGCCCAACUUCCCCCUGGCAUUCGCUUCAUCGUCUCGUUCUCCAGGGAUCAGUGGUACCGAGCCUUCGUUUUUAUUUUGACAUUUUUGCUGUAUGCAAGUUUUCACUUAUCUCGAAAGCCUAUCAGCAUCGUUAAGGGUGAGCUGCACAAGUACUGCACUGCUUCAAAUGAGGCCGAAGUCAGACUCAACGGCCAGAGCCAAAAAACCGGCGACACCCCGGCUCACCAGCUCCCAGACAAUGGGACCAACUGCGGCUGGGCCCCGUUUGAUCAGGACAACUACCAGCAGCUGCUGGGGGCCCUGGAUUACGCCUUCCUGUGCGCCUAUGCCGUCGGCAUGUACCUGAGCGGGAUCAUAGGGGAACGCCUGCCAGUGCGGUACUACCUGACGUGUGGCAUGCUGGCCAGUGGUGCUUUUACAGCCCUGUUCGGGUUCGGCUAUUUCUACAGCAUCCACAGUUUUGGUUUCUACGUGGUCACUCAGAUCAUCAACGGACUGGUACAGACCACCGGCUGGCCCAGCGUCGUCACCUGCCUCAGCAACUGGUUUGGAAAAGGGAGGCGGGGUUUGAUCAUGGGGGUCUGGAAUUCCCACACCUCUGUGGGCAACAUUUUGGGGUCCUUGAUCGCUGGCUACUGGGUGUCCACCUGCUGGGGCCUGUCCUUCAUCGUGCCCGGGGCCGUGGUGGCAGCCAUGGGGCUGGUGUGCUUUCUCUUUCUCAUCGAACAUCCCAGAGACAUCGCCUGCUCGUCCUCGCUGGCCGUGCAUCCUAAAGGCUACGAGAACGGCACGCACAGAUUUCGGCUGCAGAAGCAAAUCUUAACGGAGGAGAACAAGCCCCUGGACCCAGAGACGCAGUGCUUACUGCUGUCGGAUGGAAAGCGCUCGGGCCACCAGAACCACGUGGUCGUGCUCCCGGACGGCGGCAGUGGUGUGGCCGCCAUCAGCUUCAUGGGGGCCUUGAAAAUUCCCGGCGUGGUGGAGUUCUCUCUGUGCUUGCUGUUCGCCAAGCUGGUCAGCUACACCUUCCUCUUCUGGCUCCCGCUCUACAUCACCAACGUGGACCACCUGGACGUCAAGAAGGCCGGGGAGCUCUCCACGCUCUUCGACGUGGGCGGGAUCUUCGGUGGGAUCCUGGCAGGUGUGAUAUCAGACCGUCUGGAGAAGAGGGCCUCCACCUGCGGCCUGAUGCUGCUGCUCGCGGCCCCGACGGCUUUGGCCCAUUCUUUGGGCUCCCGCUGCAGCUGCCGCCCCGCCUCCCCAGGCAGCAUCGACCUGCCCGUCACCAUUGCUGGCCCCGCUGUCUUUCGGUCAUACCUGACCUUGAGCAGGGGACGUCCCUGUGCCUCAGUUUCCUCUUCUGAAAAAUGAGGAUGACGGCGGCACCGCGUCACAGUGUGAACGUGGGGACCGGGUGAAGCAUCCUACGUCCCUGCCGUUUUCACAACAUCACGCGCGGUAGCAUCACCUGUCAACUUGCACUGUAAUUAUUUGCCCACCUGCCACACCCCUGGGCUGUGACUGUCCCCAGAACCGAGCCUGGUCCUCCACCUGGGGCUGGACACUGCCCAGCAUGGGCAUCAAGGAAACUUGACUCAGAAGCCCUGAGCCUGGCCCCCUGGCCACCCUGCCCUGCCGUUCAGGGUUGAUGGCCUGGGAGCGGACAGUUAGACUCUAGGACACAGAGCUGGGGGUGGGGGGCCCCCAACCAGGGCCCCACCCUGGAGCUCAGAAUGUGGGCAUCCCAGGGUCCCCCAGCUCACCGGGCCACCGGACUCUGUGCGUCCAGGACCAGCCCGGGGACAGUGCGCCACGUGCUCCGGAUACCUGUCUUCGAGCAGCCGGCCAGCCUUUCUAGGGGUUUCCACCGUCUGGGCGGCUGCCUGAGAAUCACUCUUCAGAAAUACCGAUGCCAGAUAACUUUGCAGCUCCUCGCAGUGAACCUGAGUCUUUCUCCUGUUUUU